AUCCUAUCAUCCUAGUACAACGGGAUGGGGCAUUGAAAUGCGUUAUAUAACUUACAGACAAAAGUGCAAAACGGCACACACCAAACACGCUACCCAAGUUUGACUAUUAUCCUAGGCGGAAAUUUAGAGGCAACCUAAAUUUCUUCAUUCUGAUUGUAUAUCGGUGAUCGGUAAAGAUGACUAAAGUUCAUGCUUUUAGUGAAGUGUCGGUUCACAACAAGAAAGAUGAUUGCUGGCUUGUUAUCUCUGGAAAGGUUUAUGAUGUAACCUCAUUUUUGGAUGACCAUCCGGGGGGUGAUGAUGUCUUGCUAACUGCAACAGGGAAGGAUGCGACAGAUGAUUUUGAGGAUGUCGGUCACAGCGAUGAUGCAAGAGAGUUGAUGAAGAAAUAUUACAUUGGUGAUAUUGACAGUUCCACCCUUCCUGCGGAACCCAAAUAUACCCCGCCAACCCCAACGACACCAACCGCUGGACCGCAGGGUUCUGGAAAUUUAUGGAAGAUAAUAUUGCAAUUCUUGUCACCUUUGCUGAUAUUGGUUGCAGCACUUGCCUUGCGUUCCCUUUACCAGAAAGAGUAAAUCAACUGUCAUGUUGGAAUACAAUACAACCUUCUCUUAUGCAACUUGUCAUUUCAUAUGUUGUGUUUGUGUUUUAGUCUCUAAGAGUAGUGCUCUAUUCAGCUCAUGUGUAUGUAUUUGCUACCUUUGUUGGAUUUCCUUACUGGGACACUGAGAUAUUAAGAUGUUAGCUCUGUUGGAUGUCACUGGUGGUAAUGCUGUCUGUUAGUGGAUGUUAGAAUAAAAGUUUAUGGUAAAUGACAAAUGGUGGAACAUGCAAUUGGUUCUUA